GUCUGGAUACAGAGAGCUCACACACACGUCUGAGUGGUUUUUAGCCGCUGUUUAUCACAUUUUGCUGGUGUGGCCUCCAGGGUAGAGUGUGUAUGGCACAUUAUAACCCUUGAUUGGCUUUACACAUACAUGUAGCAGUUGACAUUCUUUGUGCUUCGGGUAACAAGUACUACAAAAUCCUCCUCAUCACUUUCACAAAACUCAACAGAUUGGUAUAAGACAUCGUGAUGCCAGCCAAUAAGCUCUCCAAAACUCCGUUUGUUUCCUUCUCUUGGGAUGAGUAUCUUAAAGGCAAGGAUGCCAACCCAGCUCCCAAGUCAUGCUUCAAACAGGCACCGGUCCCUCCACCGAACGAGUUCACACUCCACGCCAAACUGGAGGCCCUGGAUCCCCGAAACUUCACCUCAACAUGUAUUGCAACCAUCGUUGGUAUACAAGGGCCGAGGUUAAGACUUCGGCUCGAUGGAAGCGACGAAAAUGAUUUUUGGAGUCUGGUAGAUUCGGCUGACAUAAAACCCAUCGGCUGGUGUGAGAAACAUGGCGGAAUGUUGCAACCCCCAUUAGGAUUUCGUAUGAAUGCGUCGUCCUGGCCAAUGUUCUUACUACGGACACUGAACAACGCUAAGCUUGCCCCGGCAUCAGCAUUCAAAGAGGAGCCCCCAACACCACCAAAGAACCUCUUCAAAGUCGGCAUGAAGCUCGAGGCGGUCGACCGGAAGAACUCCCAUCUCAUUUGUCCGGCCACCAUCGGGGGCAUCAAGGCCAAUAUGAUAUUCAUAUCCUUCGAUGGAUGGAGGGGAGCGUUUGAUUACUGGUGCGAUUCAGACUCCAGGGAUAUAUUUCCUGUGGGGUGGGCGGCCAGCACUGGUCACUACCUACAGUCACCCGGCAACAAUGGUGUCUCGUCCAAAGGGCGUAAGUGUAGCUGGGCGUCCACGAUUGCCCUCGCCCCCAUUGCCCGGCCAGCAGCUACAGUCUCCACACCACCACAGUCUCCUGUGACUGUGGACACUAGGCCAAAGUCACCGAUAUACGACAAUGAGCCAGAUACAAGUAGCCCAAUGUCCACCAGCCAAGUCACCGUCACACUUUUCAUCAACAAUACCUGCGUCUGUGGACCGUAUCUCAGCCCUCACAAGGUGCUCCAGAUGCCUGCCCUGAUUGGCCCCGCCCCCAUCAAUAAGGUCAUGACGGACACCUUCCAGAUGUGUGUAAGCUCGGCCGUUCAGCAGAAGGCGGUCUUUGCAUUCCUGAAGAGGGAGAAAGGGGCAAAUGUCACUGUAACAGCUCAAUACAGCGGGUCCACACAUUCCGUGCAGUUACACGCUCCAGAGACACCUGAGGCCUUCUGGACCAUGAUGGAUAGGCUAUGUGAAGACCUCUUGUGCUGUGGUAACUUCUUCACCAAUAAACCACUUCAAGGUCCCUGCAAUAACUGCGCCAAACAGGAGGAGAGCAGUCACCGGGUGAGGCAUCGUAGUCACAGCGGGAACACCAACCAGACAGGCCCAGGCAACCAUCCCCCGAAGCCCUCGGCCACCACCAAGAGAAGCCAUUCCACCGACUCAGCAGCAUCAGACAGGAUUGAUCCUAAGCUACCCAGGAGAAUACGCACAGAAGCCGCAAGUUCCACAACAAGCGUGGCAGAGGUCAGGGAGCCAAAAAUUGAGGUCAAACCCCAGCUGAGCACCCCGACGGGGGACCCAACUAACUGGUCAGUAGAAGAAGUCGUCAAGUAUGUGACUGAUGCAGAUGUUUCCAUGGCAACUCAUGUGGACACCUUCAAGAAACAUGAAAUUGACGGCAAGGCCUUCCUCCUCCUCAAUAGCGAGAUGAUGAUGAAGUACAUGUCGCUUAAGCUCGGCCCCGCCCUGAAACUCUGCAACAUGAUCGAGAAACUAAAGAACAAGAAACACUGAGGGGAGUGACGACCAGCUCAGUAACAAGAUGUGGACCACAGGAUGAAAAGCAAUAUACCGGUGAGCAACAAUUUUUUUAAAUGUUUGUUUUUAAAACAACUCUUAAAAGUGAAGUACCAAGUUUUUUUAAGACGAGGUUUGGUAGAUGCUGACGGAUGAUACGUUGCGACUUGAGCGCAAACGAAACUGGAAUCCUACCGGACGAAUGGAACUCUGAGUUCCACCGGAUUUUGAAAUUUGAUCUGGUAUUUUAACGCAGUUCCACCGAAUGCGUUAAAAUACCAGAACAAAUUUCAAAAUCCUACCCGCUCCAUUUGUUACGAUCGACAGAUGCACUUCAAUUACUCCUAAGGCUUAUUAAUUCCUUACUUAUUCGUUGAGAAAUGUAUAAAAUGUAUAAAAUUUAUGAUGUUUUAAAAAUGAAAAUGAAGACAAGCCACGUGUCACAUUUUUUAGGACACAUGACUGUGUCACUUGGUGACAUUUUGCCAUACGUGUUCAUUAUGUGAUAUCAUGUUGCCAUGUGUCACAACUUCUCAAGGUGUCAUUUUGCCAUACACACAUGUGUCAUGUGUCAUUUUGCCGCACACAGUGGGAGGUCAUUGCACAUGCAAGGACUCGGGCGUCCUAGGGCCCAAAUUCAUGGCUCUGCUAACGCCAAAUUCUGCACUGUAGGUCUCCAUUCUCCGCUUGCCGUGGCGCUCACGGCAAGCGCUGAAUAUCUACCCUAGCCAUGUAAGAGUAAAAUACCUAGUAAGGUGGAGUACGCACGCGCACAAGCCAAUAUUUCCAGCUUACCCAUGAAAUACGCUUCACAUAAUGUAAGCACAGA